ACCCCCACACACAACAUUUCCUACAGCCCACAAGAGUCGAAGCAAUUCUCCCAGUCUAUUUGAUUUCUUCUUCUUUCAAACCUCUUUUGUUUUCCUCUCCACUCAGAGCCAAGAAAAAGGCUUUCGUUUUUUCUUCCCACUUUAGGAAAAGAAAAAUCUGCAAUUCAUAUACUUCUGCUCGCCAUAAUCACUUUUCCCAAAAGUAGGCAUCCAUCCAAUCUUCAUUCAUAUAUUGAAGUUCAUCAUUUAGGGUUUAUGCGAUUUGCUCGACAUUGCUGUCCGCUCUGCGCACGCCUGAAUGGAUUUAGAUUCAGAGAUUUAAAUCCGCCAAUCUACUCCUAGGGUUUCAUCUCUCUCUACGAAUUUUCUCGCAUCUCUUGGUCUAGAAUGACUCGAUUUUUUCAUUCGUGUUUAUAAGCUUUUCUUGUUCAUCGUAUAGAAAGAAGUUGUUUUGCUGGAUGGUCAGGAUUCGUUGAUUUUAUUUUAUACUCUAUAAAUAACAAGAGGUUCCUUGCUACACUGAUUUGGCUGGAGUUGGAAUUGGGGGAGUACUCUGUGGAGUGAAUUGCUCGUGAGAAAGUUUGGAUUUUGAUUGUGACAUGGGUGAAGAUGAAGGAUGGGCUGAGGCUACUCGACUUUUGCCAAAUGGGCUAUUGGCAAAUGCUGAUCCCGUCAUACAGGGUGUGGACCCGGAGAGAUGGUUGAAGGCAGAGGAGACGACGGCUCACCUCAUUGCUCGAAUUCAGCCCAACAAACCAUCGGAGGAGCGUAGAAAUGCAGUUGCUGAUUAUGUCCAACGGCUUAUCACUAAGUGCUUCCCAUGCCAGGUUGAGGUUUUUACUUUUGGGUCGGUGCCUUUGAAGACUUAUUUACCGGAUGGAGAUAUUGAUCUAACUGCAUUCAGUGAUAAUCAGAGUUUGAAAGAUACAUGGGCUCAUCAGGUUCGUGAUACACUAGAGAAAGAGGAGAAAAAUGAGAAUGCUGAGUUUCGUGUGAAGGAGGUGCAGUACAUUCAGGCUGAAGUGAAAUUAAUUAAAUGUCUGGUAGAAAAUAUUGUAGUUGACAUAUCGUUUAAUCAGCUUGGUGGAUUGUGCACUCUCUGUUUCCUGGAGGAGGUUGAUCACUUGAUAAGCCAGAACCAUUUGUUUAAGCGCAGUAUCAUUUUGAUCAAGGCAUGGUGUUAUUAUGAAAGCCGUAUACUAGGUGCUCAUCAUGGUCUUAUUUCAACUUAUGCCCUGGAGACCCUAGUUCUUUACAUAUUUCAUGUCUUCAACAAGUCUUUUACUGGACCACUUGAGGUGCUGUACCGCUUCUUAGAGUUCUUCAGCAACUUUGACUGGGAUAAUUUUUGUGUCAGCUUGUGGGGCCCUGUACCCAUCAGAUCACUCCCAGAUGUAGAUGCUGAGCCUCCUCGAAAAGAUAGCGGAGAAUUGCUUCUCACCAAAGGAUUUUUGGAUGCUUGUAGCACUGUAUAUGCUGUUUUUCCUGGCAGCCAGGAAAAUCCAGGACAACCCUUUGUUUCUAAGCAUUUUAAUGUUAUUGACCCAUUGCGGGUAAACAACAACCUUGGACGCAGUGUCAGUAAAGGAAAUUUUUUCAGGAUACGCAGCGCAUUCACAUUUGGUGCCAAAAGGUUGGCAAGAUUGCUAGACUGUCCAAAAGAAAAUCUUAUCAAUGAAAUAAAUCAGUUUUUCAUGAAUACAUGGGAAAGAUAUGGCAUUGGCGACCGCCCCGAUGCACCAGCAUCUGAUCAUCUUCUUCAAGCUGAGAACUUGAAGUUCAGCCCAACUGCCAAAAUGCAUGAGAAUCCUACUUCACAUUCUCUAAACCAAAGAAGUGAUAGAAAUUCGACCACCUCUCGUAAGGAGAUGCAAACUGAUAGAAGUCAAAGAAGUUCAAAAUCUGAGAAUUUGGUGAAUGACAUCCAAGGAAGGUUUGUGUUUGCCAGAACUCAAUCCAGCCCCGAACUAACAGACUCGUAUCGUGGCAGAUUGCCAGAAGGAUUUGAAAUGCGUGCUACCAAUCCAACAAAACUGGAGAGUACUAUUAAGAACAGGAUGAAAAAUGCAGGGGGAUCUGAAAACUCAACUACCAACAGUGGUUGCUCUAUAGAUGCCGCAACUAAUUCCAACAGUGGAUCAAACCAUGACUCUUCGGGCUUGAAUGAAGAACUUUCUUCACCUGGAGGUGCACGAACUUUUUUGCAAGAGGAAGAGCAGCAAGAUGUUGUGAAUAUGAUGGCUUCAACUUCACUCCAUAGUUUUAAUAACGGUCAAGUUCAGCAACUCCCAUUUAAUAUAUCAUCCCCCCACCUUCCUGUCCCCUUCUCACCUUCUUUUCUAGCUUCCAUGGGAUACCCUCAACACAACAUGCCUGGAUUUGUUCAUGCUAAUUUCCCCAUGAUUGAUCCUUCAUUUUCAAAUGUUCAAUUGCCACAUGCAUUAGUGCCACCCCACAUGACCCAGUAUUUCCCCGGGCUUGGGUUGAGCUCAACUUCUGAAGAUUCUAUUGAGCCCAACAAUCAAAAUUUUAUCAAUUCAACAGAAAUGUACUCGAGUGACGCUGAAAAUGAUUCGUGGCCCGAACAUCAUGAUGCAGGUUCAACUGUUGGUAACUUUGAAACGAACCAGUUAGAAAAUCAGAAGUCUAACUUUGUUUCUCCUUGGGUGAGAUAUCAAUCAAAGCAGCAUCCCAAGGAAAACCAUCGGUUUGAUAAUUCCCAGGUUCAUCACAAUAAUGGAGUUAAUAAUGAGGUUUUUUAUGUCGAAGAAAGAAUGGCUAGCUCUAGACUGUCAUCUACUGCCCACAGUAAGGCUUCUUCUGAGAGUUCUUGGGACGGAUCAUCUGCAAAAUCUUCAAAAUCAGCCAGGGAUAGAAGGGGAAAGAAGGCGAUUGCUGUAGAGGCACCACCUGGUUAUGUAAAAGGUAAAAUGAUGACUUUACCUAACAAUGAAAAUGAAGAUGAUGAUCAGGAAUGGAAAACUGAAGUAGCAGAAAGAGUAGGGCAUGGAGCUCAAACAAGCGGAUCAGAUUCAAUGAUACCUAUUGCUCCAAUGCUCAUUAAUCCCAGCUCUCAACAAAUAUUGGCCGAUAAUUCCCCUGGAGUUAUUGCAUUUUACCCUACUGGCCCACCUGUUCCAUUUUUCACAAUGCUUCCUGUAUACAACAUCCCACCCAAGGCCGGUACAAGCCAUUUAAGUGGGGAAGAAGGAAGCAAUGACAAUAGUGAUUCUGGUCAGAACUUUGAUUCAUCAUCUGAAGUUUUGAUGAAUCAUUCUGAUGAACCACACAAAUCUGACAUUCUUAACAGUGACUUUGCCAGCCAUUGGCAAAACUUACAGUAUGGAAGGUUUUGCCAAAGCCCAAGAUACCCUCCCGGCCCUCUAGUUUAUCCAUCGCCCAUGAUGGUACCACCUGUUUAUCUUCAGGGUCGGUUCCCUUGGGAUGGUCCCGGAAGACCUGUCUCAACCAAUGGGAACCUAUACACUGAAAUGAGCUAUGGUCCCCGUCUGGUUCCCGUGUCAUCCAUCCAAUCUGUGUCUGAUAGACCUGCAAAUAUGUUUCAACGUUAUGCUGAUGAGAUACCUAGGUAUCGCAGUGGGACCGGCACUUAUCUACCGAACCAUCCUAAGGUUUCUGCAAGGGAUAGAAACUCCUCUGGUACCCGACGUGGAAAUUACAACAGUGAGAGAAAUGAUGACAGAGAGGGAAACUGGAAUUUAAAGACAAGAGGUGCUGGACGUGGGGGCCACAACCGCAAUCCAUCUGAAAAGUCAAACUCAAGAUUGGAUCGUUGGCCUUCCGGCGAGAGCCGACUUGAUAGGCCAUGGAACAGCUCCUAUAGAACGGACUCUUUCCACUCUUUCCCGUCACAGAAUGGUCCUUUUCAUGCUACUAAUUCGAAUCAUAGUGGUGCUUCGAACAUAGCAUAUGGUAUGCAUCCAUUCAGUGCAGCUAUGGGAGGGUCUACUAAUGGUGGGCCCAAUGGUCCUGUUGUAAUGAUAUAUCCAUCAUAUGACCACCACCCCGCCAAUUAUGGUUCACAAGGAGAGCCACUAGAGUUUGGAUCGUUUGGACCAGUAGGGUUCUCAGGCCUGAAUGAACAGCACCUGCUAGGGGAAGGGACUAGACCUAGGACAGCUUUUGAACAUGGCAGGUUUCACGGGCAGCAGCAGUCCUCUCCUGACCAACCGUCUUCACCAUGCCAUCAGAGGAGGGUGUAAAUAUUGGGGUAGAUUUGCAAUUGGAAAGUUAAGGGGCCCCCUAUUAAUCUUUUUUAUCAAGCUGGAACCGUAAAUGAUGAAGCAAUGUAUCCUCCUCCCAUUGCCAUGGGGUCUCUUCGUCCCACAUACUUUUGAUCAAAAGAUCCGAUGGUAUCGUAGGAUAUAGAGCCGUUGCACUUACAUGUCUUGUUGUUGUAGAGUUGUAGACUACUCCAUUUGUAUGUUUUUUUUCCAAAGCAAAUUUAAAUCAUAGCUGCGGCCUUUCCAGUAGCAACAUAUGGACAGGCAUUUUGGUGGAAGUGGGUAACAAAGUUUAUGCAUUUCAGUCUGCUUGUAGGGAAUGUGCGUAAACUCCCAAUGAUGUAAAACUUCCAAAAGUGUAUUGGCCAUUUGACAUUGUUAUA